AUGCCACAGUCGGAGAGGGACUCGCCCCCAGAGGGCGAGAGACGUCUGAGACACCAACACUCUGCCUCGUCGGAUCAUGGUAGCCGAGCUCUGGUUCCCAUGUGGGAUAGCUCGGAUCCAGACCGCGCGCCGCCGCCUCUGCCUCUGAACCCCCAGUCGCCCAGCUUCUCCUCGCGCGCCGGCACCUCGAGCGCCAUCCAGUCGGCCCAUGCGGCCCUUGGCGAGCGCGCGCGCGAGAGUGCUGCCCUCGUCCCCGCCCUGGCCAGGCGCAUGAAUGACGGCUCUCCCGAAAAGGCCUUGGUCAAGGGAUCCCACCGGCGCAUGCAGUCGUUGCAGCCCGGCUCCGUGCGCGACCUCAGUCUCAUGCUCGAGGGCCCCCGCAUCUUGCCGCAGACUCCUGGACGACCGGGUGACAGGCAGGACAGGCCGUCGACUCCCACGCAGGGUUACCCGGGCUUCGAGUCGCGAUCCAACGAGCAUUGCACCGACGGACCGCCAUCGAUGCCGGGGCCCAGCUUGACGCCAAUCGUUCGCCCGACCGUCCGCCGACCAGCCACUACCCAAAGCAUCCUGGGCGAGAACACGCCGCCUCAGUCAUCGACAAUGCUCGCUCUGCAGGCCAUGGGUGCUCGGCCGAGGUCGCAGGACGGCGAGCCCGCCCUAUCCAACAUCACAAACGGCGCCUCGGUCGGCAAGGGGCCCCAUAGCCUGGAAGGACUCUCUGCGCAGAUUCUCAGCCUGACCAGCAUCGCCCAGUCCCUGAAGAAGGACCUGACACAGCUCAGCAGGCGGAGCAAGGACAAUGCCACCGACUUGUUGAGCCUCAAAGAGGCCACCAGCACGAGAGACGAGGAUAUCCGCAGGGGCCUCCGAGACCUGAUGGGAAACAUGAGCGAGGCAUCGAGCAGAAUCACGUCGCGCGAGCACUUUGCCGGGCUGUUCAUCGACAACAAGCCCCACUGCACCUCGCCCUCGAAUGGGCGGCCCUUUCAAGUGCCCCGGAUACCAUCUCCCAGGAGCUUUGCCGACUCGAUUGACGGCGCUUCCGUCAGCACGCCGUCGCUGUCCGGCGCCGCCGAGGGGGCCGCGUCCAUUGCGCUCCUGGACAAGAUUCUGCGCGGGCUCGGCACCAAGGAGGGAAACGAGUCGCUGCUGGACCUCCUCAAGGAGCUGGCCGAGAAGGUAUCUGGCAUGGCCACGGCCGACAAGAUCGACGAGCUCGCCGAGCUCGUCCGUGAGCAGUCGGAAAGCGCAAUCGUGCCCGAUGUUUCAGUCCGCUACAAAUCUCUCGGCGACCAGGGCUCGCUGGGGCUCAGUGACAACGGCGCCUUGACCCAACGAAUGGAACGACUGCUGAACAGUGGCGAAUCCCGGAGAUCCUCGGCACCCCCAGGGAGAGGCGCAGAGCUACUGAACGAGGACCUCAUCCAGAUCAUACGCUCUGUCAAAGAUAGCGUCGCUCAGGGCGGCGGCCUGACCGCCGAGGUCAAGGCCCUGGUGCGCGAGCUCCGGGGCGAAGUCCUCGGCAUGGGCCGCGAGCUCGGCAAGAGGCUGGAAAAGAUGGGCGACAAGGCCAUUGAGGAAUCCGAGGCCCCUAGCAAGGACGAGGUCUCAAGGGUGAUUGAUGAGGGCCUGGAGCAAAUGAAGGAACAGCUGAAUCACGUUCUCCGCGAGCACCGACGCCAGUCCCAGGCUUCGGCAUCGUCGCAGAAGACGCUGGUCGACUACCAGGAGAUCUACAACGCCAUGCGAGCAGCCCUCCGGGACAACGAGGCUUCCCGAGGCGAGAUGCCCGACCUGAGCAGGGAGGACGUCAUCGAGGCUGUGCGGGACGCAUGGGAAAACUACAAGCCCGAAAUCGAAGUUCAGCAUCUGGGCCUGGAGCGCGAAGAGGUCUUGACGUGCCUCAAGGAGGGGCUCCAGGAAUACAUGCCCCGUGACGAGAAGCCGGCGGGGGCCACGAGGGAGGAGGUGUUCAAGGCCGUCGUCGAGGGCCUGAAGCACUUUGUGCCACCGCAGAUGGACACGACAGCCACCAUAUCCAGAGACGAGAUCAUCGAAGCAGUCCGCGACUGUCUCGAGGAGUUCGAGUUUCCCGUGUCGGCCUCUGCCGUUGGCCACGACAUGACACACAGCGACAUGGUGCACGCCGUCAAGGAAGGGCUCGAGGGCUUGGAUCUCCCCCGCGGCGACGCCCUCGUUGCCCAUUCCAACAACGACGAGGUCCUGACGCGGCUGCACGACAUCAUGGACUACCUCAAAGCCGAGUUCAAGGCCGUGUCCGAGGAGGCAAAGGAGAACGUCGCCGCCAACGGCCGAGACACGGAACAGGUGCUCGACGCAACCAACGACGGCCUGGAGAGCCUUCGCGCAGCGCUCGAGAGCUACGUCGACCGCGCUACCGGCGCCUCGGGCCAGGAAGAGUUCAUGGAGAGUCUUGCCAGAAGCAUGGACGAGUUCAAGGAGGAGCUCACCGAGUUGGUGUCCCAAACCCAGGUCCGCGAUGGCCCGCACAAUGAGCGAGACACGGAGCAGAUCCUGGACGCGACCAAGGACGGCCUGGAGAGCCUUCGUGUCGCCAUCGAGGGCUACGUCGAUCGCGCUACCGGUGCCUCUGGCCAGGAAGAGCUCAUGGAGAGUCUUGUCAGAAGCAUGGACGAGUUCAAGGAGGAUAUCACCGAGCUGGUGUCCCAGACGCAGGCUCAAGACGGCUCGCACGAUGAGCGAGACACAGAGCAGAUCCUCGACGCAACCAAGGACGGCCUGGAGAACCUCCGCGUCGCCAUCGAAGGCUACGUUGACCGCGCCGCUGGGGCCUCUGGACAGGACGAGAUCAUUGAGAGCAUCUGUAGAAGCAUGGAGGAGCUCAAGGAGGAGCUUGCGCAUGUGGUAUCCGAGGCCAACGAGAGCUCGCGUGAACAGCUUCAGACCGAGCUUGAAGGCUUGCGGGAGAUUGUAAACUCCUCAAUGGUUCCCGCGAGCCCCCAGACCCCCAACAACAACCAGGAAGUACUCGAGGCUCUGCACAGUGGUCUUAACAGCCUCAGGCAGGAAAUCCUCAGGCCACGUCCCGAAACCAGCGAGAUCCUGGACGCCCUGCAGGAGGGCCUAAACGAACUCCGCGUGGGGAUCGACAAGGUGACGAACAAGCCCGUUGACCUGACCGCCAAUGACGAGAUCAUGGACGCGCUCAGGUCGGGCCUGGACUCGGUGCGAGCGGACAUUGAAGCUCUACGCGAUAGCAGCAACGACAAGACGGUUGCAGCCGUGACGGCACUCAGCAACGAGGCACCCGAUAACGCCAUUAUUCCUGCCGACAUGAUCAAACAAGACGACAUCAAAAACCUCGAGGUCCUUAUCACUCAACUGAGAAUCAAGGUUGAGGCCAUGGAGCCCCAAAGAGAGACAGAAAGCCUUCAUCAAGAAGACCUGGCCCGAUUGGAGGACAUGCUUCGCGAUGUGCAGGAGCGCGUCAACGACAUCUCGUCCCGGGCGCCACCAGCUCCGGUGGAAGAGGAGGAGGCGAGAGACGCUCCUCCGGCAGCCAACGGUGACGCAGCGACCAAGGAAGACGUCGAGGCCAUCGAGACGAUUCUCCGUAACACAAAGGCACUCCUCGACGAUCUGAUUGACGGAGAGCAGGCAGUCCGCAAGGAACAUCUGGAUGUCGUCGAGAGUCUUGCCCUCGAGACCCGCGAGACUCUGGGUUCCGUGUCUGACCAGCUUGGAGGCGUCUGCCAAAAGGAAGACUUGGCGGAGCUGGAAACCCUCCUCGGCCAAGUCGGUGCCCGUUUAGACGAGACGAAGGAGCUUGCGGAAAAGGAUGCGGCCAACGACGACAAGGCCACCAAGACGGACAUUGAGGCGGUAGAGACGGUUGUCCUCGAGAUGAAGACAAUGCUCGACGGGCUCGCGGUCGCUGAUUUUGCGUCGUUUUCGAACAAGGAGGACAUUGCCGGCCUGGAGACGGCUGUCAAGGAGGCCGCGGAGAAGCUUGAGACCCAUGUCGAGUCAUCCUCCAAAGCUUUUGACGACCGACAGGCUGAGAUUGUUGGCGUCGCUGAUCGCGUGACGGACGUCAAGGCCUUUUUGGAGGAAUUCCAGGAGACCGUCAAGGGCCGGCUGGAGGAAGGCUCCACCGGCCUUGAGGCGCUCAACAAGCUCCUCGAAGGCAUGAGCGAGACGGUCGCAAAGAACGAGAAUGUUGGGACGGACUUGAAGGAAAUGCUCGACACCAUGAAGACGCAGUUCGACGAGUCCAAGGAGGUUGUCGCCGGUGCGCGGCUGGAGUCCAACGAGAAGCUGCAAGAAGCCACGGAGAAUAUCGGCACCAAGAUCGACGACAAGAUGGCAGAGUUGAUUACCAAGUACGACGAGUUCAAGGCAGCCAUGGACGAGAGGAACGCAGCAGGCGAAGCUCGAGACAUUGAGACGGAGGCGGCCGUUGUCGGUACCAAGGCCGUGGCCGAAGAGGUGAAGCUGCUCAUCGACACGCUGGGGUCGACGGUGACGGACUCGCUGGAAAAGAUGGAGGAAGCCUCCAAGACCGUCUUUGCUCAAGUCGAGGAGCUCGCUUCUCGUGCCGAGGAGAACCACACGGAUGGCAAGACGGAGCAUCAGCAGACGCGCGAUCAAAUCCAGCAAACGGUCACGGCCGUCGAAGAACUGCAGGGCGAGGUCAAGGAGUUUCACCCCCAGAUCCUCGAGGCAGUCAAGGACCUCUUGCUCCUCGUCGGCGAGCACUUUGAACACUCCAAGGCCUCGACGACGGAGCUGCAGGACAAGAUUGUGGAGUCGAAGCCGCCGGAGCAGCCCGCGCUCCCGCCUCCCGAGAAGUACGACGACUCAGAGGUGCGCGAGAAGCUGGACAGGUUGACGGAGCUCAAGUACGACGACACAGGGGUGCGGGAGACGCUGGGAAGGCUCAUUGAAGACAAGUACGACGACUCGCAGGUCCUGGAGAAGCUGGAGAAGCUGGCCGAGCAAAGCGACAGCGCGGCGGAGGCACUGGCCCGGCUGGAGGCUCUAGAUCAGGUGCACCAGUCGGUGUCCAAGACAGCCGCCGACCUUUCGCAGUUCCUCUCCAACCAGACGCAACGCAUCGCCGACGACCACGAGGAUCGGGAGCGGACUCUCCAAGAGACGACUGCUAUGCUCGAGCGCAAGCUUGCCGAGAAGGAGCACCUGGAAGUGUCCGUGUCGAGUCUAAGAGACGAGGAGGAGAGACUUCGGCGGAGCGUCGUGAGCCUUCGCACAGAGCAGGAGAGCCUCAUCAGACAGAAAACGAGGCUCACCGGCGACGUGUCUUCGCUCGAAACGGCCAUGCGACUGCGCAAAGAGGCGUUGUCCGACAUGGAGUAUCGCGCAGAUCGCCUGGAACGCCGCAUCAUGGAGGGCGUCAUGGACCAUUCGCGGGUGCUGCUCAUGGCCAAGAGCAGCAAAGAGGGCGACAAGAUGAGCCGCAAACGCACCAAGAAAUCGCCGGCGCAGCAGGCAGAGGCGUGCAAGGCGCGGCCGGCCGUCAACAUUGCGCUGUCAGCGAAGCGAAACCUGGCACCGGCGGCGCAGAACGGAGCUGCUCGACGUAUUGCGUCGCUCAGCCAGAUGAACAACAACGCGCCGUCGAGCAUGGUGAAGAGGAGCCAGAGCGUCAGGACGCCCCACGGCACGGCGCUCCGGAAGCGCAGCUGGGGCGGCGGCAUGGGCAAGGGGUUCGACGCCGAGGACAAGGAGAACGUGGGCGUGAGAGAGACGGUGGAGGAGGUUGAGGAGUCCGAGGCCGGGGCGCCGCCGUCGCUGGACGGCGAGACGGGCGACGACGGCUCGACGACGGCGCUCGACUCGACGGUUGUCGACGACGACGACGACGGCCACAGUGACGCGGGGACGCUGCGUCGGAGCAGCAUGGGCACGACGGUGCUUACGUCGAGCACGGGUCAGUACACGGAGUCGGAGGCGGCGUACAGCGAGUACGACGACGGCGGCAGCGAGUACUCGGAGAGCGCCGUGGGGACCGAGGCCGGCGGAGACAACGAGCUCGUGGUGUACGGGCAGUAG